CAUUGUUACAAUUGGAGGAGCACCUAGUUCGUCACGCAACAUCUCCAACAUCAACUUGGCCAGCUCUCGUUGUAGAGCAGCCCGAUAGACACGAUGGACCGCGACUCAGGGAGCUUCAGUCCCAAGCGACGCAAGAUUGACUUCAACCCUCUUCGAUCAGAUGAUCGUUAUUCCUCCCUACCGAGUCGCUCAGGCAGUCGCGCCCCCAGCCGUUUUGCCAAUGGCAACCAAACGCCCCGAGCAAAGUCCAGCUAUGCCCCCACACCGCGUCGAUUUGAUGAAGAGAAGGAGCUCUUAGUCAACCAAGAAGAUGAGAAUGCCCUCGAUCGCGACUGGUACCUCGGUGACGAAAACGGGCAUAUAUUUGGUGAUGAGUCGCAUAACCCGUUCGGCUCGUACGACACGACUUGGGUCGAGCAGAGGCAGCGCGAGCAGGCCGUGGUGGAGAAAAAGACGAACCGCAGCAUGAACGCGCGCCAGAUGCAAAGGCAGAAGGACAACGAUGCUUGGGAGACGAAUCGCAUGUUGACGUCCGGUGUGGCCCAACGACGUUUUGGUGACGAUUUCGAUGAUGACGACGAGGGCACACGUGUCCAUCUACUGGUGCACGACUUGAAGCCGCCAUUUCUGGAUGGGCGCACCGUUUUUACGAAGCAGUUGGAACCCGUUCCUGCAGUGAAAGACUACCAGAGCGACAUGGCAGUGUUCAGUCGCAAAGGGAGCCGCGUUGUGAGGGAACGGAGACAACAGCGGGAACGACAACGCGCAGCGCAGGAAGCGACGAAUCUGGCGGGCACAAACUUGGGCAACCUGAUGGGUGUGAAAGAAGAUGAUAGAGACAGUGCUUUGCCCAUUGCCGCAGAACAGGAGGAAGUCAAGAUUUCGGGCAACAAGUUCUCUGAGCAUAUGAAGAAGAAUGAGGCAGCGAGUGACUUCAGCAAGACCAAAUCGCUUAAGGAACAGCGCGAAUUCCUCCCGGCCUUCGCCGUGAGGGAAAAUCUCCUCAAGAUUAUCAGGGAGAAUCAGGUUGUCAUCGUCGUGGGCGAGACAGGCUCCGGCAAAACGACACAACUAACGCAGUUCCUCUACGAGGAUGGGUAUGGGAACCGGGGCAUGAUAGGAUGCACACAACCCAGGAGAGUUGCAGCCAUGAGUGUAGCUAAGCGGGUUUCUGAAGAGAUGGAGGUGAAAUUGGGCAGCACUGUAGGUUACGCCAUCCGGUUCGAAGACUGCACAAGCAAAGACACCGUGAUCAAGUAUAUGACGGAUGGUGUUUUGCUACGAGAAUCACUCAAUGAGCCCGAUCUUGAUCGAUACUCUUGCAUUAUCAUGGAUGAGGCACACGAAAGAGCUCUCAACACGGAUGUGCUCAUGGGCCUAUUCAAGAAGAUCAUGCAGAGGCGCCGGGAUCUUAAACUCAUCGUCACUUCGGCCACGAUGAAUGCGAAACGAUUUUCGGACUUCUUUGGCGGUGCUCCCGAUUUCACGAUUCCAGGACGAACAUUUCCAGUUGACAUCAUGUUUCAUCGGUCACCAGUCGAGGAUUAUGUCGACCAAGCGGUUCAGCAGAUCCUUGCAAUACAUGUCUCCAUGGGUGCUGGUGACAUUUUGGUCUUCAUGACAGGUCAGGAAGACAUCGAGUGCACCUGUGAGCUCGUGAGAGAACGGCUGGAUGCGCUGAACGACCCUCCAAAAUUGAGCAUACUGCCCAUUUACAGUCAGAUGCCAGCGGAUCUACAGUCCAAGAUCUUCGAUCAAGCGCCACCAGGUGUUCGAAAAUGCAUUGUGGCGACGAACAUUGCCGAGACCAGUCUGACGGUGGACGGUAUUAUGUACGUCGUCGAUGCAGGUUAUUCCAAACUCAAGGUGUACAACCCAAAGAUGGGAAUGGACACCUUGCAGAUCACGCCUAUCUCUCAAGCAAACGCUGGCCAGCGAGCGGGUCGAGCAGGCAGAACGGGUCCCGGCAAAGCAUUCCGAUUGUUCACGGAGAAGGCGUACAAAGACGAACUCUACAUCGCUACCAUUCCGGAAAUCCAGAGGACAAAUCUGAGCAACACUGUAUUGCUUCUCAAGUCCUUGAAUGUCAAAGAUUUGCUGGAUUUCGACUUCAUGGAUCCGCCUCCACAAGACGUCAUCAGCACGUCGCUCUUCGACCUUUGGGCUCUGGGGGCGUUGGACAAUAUGGGCGAGCUGACGGACCUAGGGUCCAAGAUGAACGCUUUCCCCAUGGAUCCACCGUUGGCAAAGCUCUUGAUUAUGUCUGAGGAGUACGGAUGCAGUGAAGAAAUGGUUAUAAUCGUGUCGAUGCUCCAAGUCCCUGGCGUCUUCUACCGGCCCAAGGAGCGGCAAGAAGAAGCAGACACUGCUCGCGAGAAGUUCUUCGUUCCGGAAUCCGAUCAUUUGACGUUUCUCCACGUCUAUUCGCAAUGGAAGUCCAACGGCCACUCGGACGGCUGGUGUACUCGCCACUUCCUGCACCCCAAGUCGCUUCGCAGGGCCAAGGAAAUCCGGGAUCAACUCCUUGACAUCAUGAAGAUGCAAAAGAUGGAGAUGGUUAGUUGCGGGACCGACUGGGACGUUAUUCGGAAGUGUAUCUGCUCUGGAUACUACUACCAAGCGGCCAAAGUCAAGGGUAUCGGCGAAUACGUCAACCUCCGAACAUCAGUUACAAUGCAGUUACACCCCACCAGUGCCCUCUACGGACUUGGCUUCCUUCCCGAUUACGUGGUCUACCAUGAGCUUAUUCUUACGUCCAAAGAGUACAUGUCAAUCGUGACAUCCGUUGAUCCCCACUGGCUGGCUGAGUUGGGUGGUGUCUUCUACUCAGUCAAGGAAAAGGGGUACUCCGCAAGGGAGAAACGGAUUACGGAGACAGAGUUCAACCGGAAAAUGGAAAUCGAAACCCAAAUGGCCGAGGACAAGCGGAAAGCAGAAGAGAGGGCCCAGAUGGAAGAAGAGACGGCUCAGAAGAAGCCGGCUGACAAGACAAAUGUUAAGAAGAUUGUGACCUCGGGGGCUGUGAAAAAGCCAGUCGUCAAGCGUAAGGGGCGGGGGUUCUAGAAAGGAGAUCUGGUGUGGAUAAUAUCACUUUGUAUAGCAACCCACAAACUUCUGGUGAAAUAACUACUGCCAUAUUGUCUGGGUUCUUGCUUUACUUAUCCUCUACGCAAAAUGGGGGAACAUUCAUCCACCCUUCCCCCACAAGACAUGGGCUUCAUAAACAUCACGAACUCGCAACCGAUUUUAAACUUGCCUGCGGCUCGCAGGACUUGUAGAUUGACGACUCGUUAUAUAUAGCUUCAUCGGUAGAGUACCAUGAGCUUGUGCAAAAACAUCCACAAUGCGCGCAUAACUCAUGCACUAGCCUAUCAAUACAUAUUUAUCAAC